GAUGGCGUACAAAUAGACCCUCCACCUUCUCCAAAACAAAAAGCAUUUUCUGGACUUCCUGCAACUUCAGAUUACGGCAAGACUAUGCCCGCACUUAAGCUGUCAAACACCAGCCAAAUUAGUCACUCCAACGUGGACAGCCUUAUUGAUUCUAUCUGUAAAGGCCUUGGUGAUGAGACUUGCAUCUCUUUUGGUAGUAACUUGACCACUGGCUCAAUAUUCAGCCCUAAGCGAUUCCUGCCUAAAACUAUAUCGGAUGUUCACGAGGUAGAUCCUUCUCGUCUCUCGGUCGCACUUGCCUCCCUUGGCUUGGCGUCUAACCCCCCAGCUACCACUACAUCUGCCACAAAUCCUACUUCCAUCAGCGCUUCUGUAACUGCUUCCUCACAACUCGGCCGUUUCCGCUCCUCAAGUUUGGACAAACGUUUAGAGGCCGGUCGUCUGCUGGAGAGGCUACAGCGGAGCCAGAAUAACCAUCAAUUCCCGACUGGCAAUAUUUCAGAUCCCCAUUCCUUUCCAAAAGCCAGCAUCAAGCUACUUCUAACCAACUCCGCUCGGUUUCCAGAGCCUUGUCUUGUUGGCACCGUGACUACAAUAUGUCUUACUGCCACGGCUACCGCUAACCUUCAUCAUUCUACCUUCAAGGCUCCCGGUUCAAAUGGUAUCGCAAGCGAGUCUUCAGCUUGUCUCGACCUCUCUGCCCGACUACUGUUACCGCCCGACUCUGAAACUGGUUUAUCCGAAGUCGUAAUUCCGGUUACUUCUGAACCUGCAAUAACUAUAUCAUCAAGCAAGGGAAAUGAUACCUACCUACGACUUAUAUCAGCUUCCCAACAUCCAAUCCGGGUAACUAAAGCAUCUGAUCACCAAUCAUCGCAGGCAGUUUGGUGCCUCACUAGGCGGAUUGUAUGCACAAUUGCUUUCAAACCCAUGAAACCAGGAACGGUCUUUGGACUCCUAGAAGUGCGCGCACGCCUUAUCUCAGGCCUUGAUCGCUCGAGUACCGGGCUGCAGUUGGAAACGAAUCCCUGUCUCAGGUCUGAGGAAGUUGGUUAUAUCAGUUUAACUGCGCUUGCCGUCUCGGCUCCUUGGGAAUCUAUUAGCAUGACUUGA